AACCCCAUCGGAGAACAAGGGCAGGUGAGUUUAUCGUAUUGCUCGUUGGCGGCGAUUCCUCCACCGUCGCCGGCGAUGUUGGAUGCGGUGGCGUUGUCGGCUCCGGGGAUCAAUUACGGCGCGUAUUUGUCGACGAACCCGUCAGAUGGAUCGUUGGGGAAUUACGAAAUGGAUCCGUUGUUCUUAGCUCCCAUUCCCACUAUGAGGAUCUCUUCUUCUUCUUCUUCCUCUCAUGGGUUCGAUGGCUUGUCGGAGUUUCGCGAGUAUUAGAGUUCCGAUGAGAAUAAAUAAAUUACAUCUUUUUUUUUCUA